AUGGAUGCUUUCGACAGCGGUGCUUCUCCUCCGCCCCGCCGUCUCGAACCCGAUCCAUUCGCGCGCCUAUCAGACGAUCUCGUCGCGUGCAUUCUCGCGCUCGUCGCCUCCAACGGCGUCCGCUUCCUCCCCAACCCGCGCCUCACAACCGCCGCCGCCACCGCUGCUUCUGGCACCAACACCGCCACCUCCGCCGCCGGCGCCGCCGCCAGUGCCGCCGAUGCCGCUGCGGAGGAUGGCGGGGAUGACGGCAGCGGCGGUGCUUCCGCGGAGCGCGACGAUGGGUUUAUGGCUCGAAACGUAGGGAACGAAGUUAACGGGUCCGUCAACAGCGAGGACGAGGAUGCGCAUGGCGAUGCGAGCGAGGACGAGCUGCACGAGAGCAUCGAGCGGGCAGUGAAAAGCAACUGCGCGCGCUUCGUACGCGUCGUUGAGCUAACCUCUGCCAUAGCUCUCGAGGUGGCCGCGAACGCCGGCAACUACGAGCGAACCAUGACCGUUCCUAUCGACCCCGACGCACCCGUCACGCCGUCAACGGAGCAUAUCCUCGCCUCCCGCCUUUCCGCCCUCCCCUUCCGGGACCUCCGCGGCGAGCUCCGCGCCCCUUCCGCCUCCGCCUCCGCCGUUCACUGUGUUCCGCCACGCGCUCACGCCAUAACAGACGAUCUCCUUUACUCCAUCGCCGCGGGGUGCGCGCGCUCCCUCACGCACAUGUCGCUGUAUCGCCACAGGAACCUGCGCUCCUGGGAUCAGAACCUCGCAUUUGGCGAUCUUGACGACGCCGUCACGAAAGUAACCGAACCCGCCGUUACCGCCCUCUUCGCCGCCUGCCGCCGCCUGGUCAGCUUGAAACUCGUGCUGCCCGUGUGCCUGCCCGAGCUGCCCGCUUCCGUGAGUCUUCUGCAGCAGCUGACUAGGCUGGAGGUUUCGUGCGGCCGAGUCGAUUUCGAUUUCGCGGGUGCUAUUAAUGACGCGGACGCGGCACAGGAGGAAGAGCUUCCGGAGGGCGUUGGCUCGCUCUCCGCGUUACGGUCUCUCAGCAUCCGCGCUCCUUGCGUGCGCGCCCUCCCGCACACCCUCUCCCGCCUCCACUCCCUCACCUCGCUGAAAAUCGACCACUGCGUCACACUCCGGCAGCUGCCCGACGGCCUCGGGCAGCUAAAAAAUCUGCGACAUCUGCAGUUGGCGGACUUACAAGCCCUGCACUCCCUAUCCGACUCCAUCGGCCUCCUAUCGUCCCUUGAAACCCUCCAUCUGCGCGCCGUCAUGGCCACCACUCUCCCAGACUCCUCCGCCCACCUCUCCUCCCUCAAACGCCUCCUCCUCUCCAGCCUUCCGCACCUGCAAUCGCUGCCUGACUGUGUGGGCGAGCUGCCCUCGCUGCAAGAACUGACCGUUCAGUACUGCCCUCGCUUCUCUGCUCUCCCGCGCUCACUCUCCGCCCUCGCCUCCCUCACCGCUCUCACCGUUCAGCGCUGCGGUUCUCUCGCCGCCUUACCGGAGGAUAUCGGUGACGCUCCCCGCCUCGCCUCUCUCGUUCUGGAAGAGCUUUCCUCGCUUGCGGCUGUUCCGGAGUCAGUGGCUCUCCUCUCCUCCCGCUGCAAAGUGCGAGGGUCUCACGUCGCUGCCGGCGUCUUUCGAUGGGCUGCACUCGCUCUCUCAGCUGCAGCUUCUCGAAUGUUCCUUGGAUUCCCUGCCCGAAGAUUUCGGGCAGCUGUCCGCGCUAACCGAGCUACAUCUGAGCGAAGCCUUCCAACCUUCAUGCCUGACCGUGUAGGUUCAGAUGAGGAGAGUGACGAUGAGGAUUAUGUCUACUAUAAGUCGCGGGACCCUGCACUUACAGACCUCCCGAGCACGUUCGGGCAGCUCGCAAAUUCUUUAACUGCCCUCGAGAUUCACAGGUGCCAUGAGAUUCAGCAGCUGCCAACAUCGUUCACCCAGCUGACUCGCCUGCAGCGGCUGUGCAUCUCCAACUGCCACAAGCUGAGCGGAAUGCCCGCAGGGUGGGGCAACCUUGUGGGCCUGCAGGAGAUCCUAACCCUGCACACCCUCCCCUCGCUCUCCCCGCUCCCUCCUUCAAUCACAGCCCUCACUCACCUCCAGCGCCUGCAUCUCAGCCACAUGGACUUUUCCGACCUGCCCGAGGACCUCGGGCAGAUGAAAGGGCUGCGUGUACUGACCAUAAACACCGCGCCGAAGCUCCUCGCGCUUCCUGCCUCCCUCACCCUCCUCACCUCCCUGCAGCACCUCAUGGUCUCGGAAUGCGAGAAUCUCCCUUCUCUACCAGAAGACGGAUUUGGCAAUCUCUCCUCUCUCGUCUCUCUCACGCUCAAAGAGCUGCCGCUGCUGCAGAAGCUGCCUGCGGCCGUGGCACACCUGCCGUUGCUGCAGGUGCUGGACGUGCAGGAGUGCGAAGAGCUGUGCGAGCUGACCGAGGGGUUGGAGAGCGCGAGGAGCUUGUGGGAGGUGUACAUUGAGGGGAGCAGCGGAUUGGAGGAUUUGCCCCAGGCGCUGCUAGUGCAAGCAGGCAGGAUUCAGGUGCAUGCAGGGGAAGAGAGUUACAAUAUUGAUUAG